AUGAUCAAGUUGAGUGGAUGUCAGUGUCCAGGGGCUUUCAUUGAAACCCAAGGUCCGGCUCCUUCAACACUGCGGGUAGAGCCAGCCGGAAAGCAAGAAUAUCAGAUGGACGAUCAGGUGGUGCGCAACCCCAACUACUUCACACUUUCACACAGCUUCUUGAAGCAUGUUGACGCCGGAACAAAGUGCAACAAGGAAUCCCCAGCGGGAAGCUCAGCCCACGUUGUCAUUGUUGGUGGGGCUCAUUCAGAAUCGUCAAACGCAUCAAGGAGUCCGAGCGGGACUCCUUCGCCAGCGGGGUUCAGCUCGCUGACGGUCGGCUAG